CAGUUGCUUUCUCAGUGUAUAAUUCUACUCUACUUCUUUCACUUCAAAUGAAUUAGGAAAAAAAGAAAUAUAAUAAAAUAUUAAAAUUAUUUUACAGAGGAACUUUGGUUGAAUUUCCCCGGCAAGUUCUCGCCGGGAAUUCUAACCGGCGAUCUUUCCGGAAAAGGUUUUUAUGGAAGGUGGAAGAAGCUUGUUUUUGGAUUGAGUGAAGACGAGUUUAAUUGCAAGAGAGUUAUUAACUUGCUAAUUGCGUUGAGAGAUUGGCGAGAAAUGUCUUUCCAGCAAAAAGGUUUUUGGAUGCCAAGAGAUGAUGCAUGUCUAACUGAUGGAGACAUGAAUUAUGAUAAUUCUUCAAGAUCUGAACCAAAGCGUGGUCAUGACUGGUUUACCGAUGCUGCUGCACCAGAUUUGUUCAGCAACAAGAAGCAAGCUAUAGAAUCGGUUGACAACCGGCCAGUUUCAGGAAUUGCAGACAUCAAUGUUUCUCCUUGGCACACUGCUUCCUUUCAGUCAGUUUCUGGUCAAUUCAGUGACCGCCUAUUUGGAUCUGAGCCUAUGCAAACUGUCAACCUGGUUGAUAGGAACAUUUCUUCUAUUGAUAGUGGAAACAUGAAUAUGGGAAGAAAGGAUUUUGAGGAUCAAUAUGUUAAUAGCUCAUCAAUGGGUUUGUCUAUAUCUCAUACCGGUGAAGAUGCCUCGUGUCUCAAUUUUGGAGGAAUAAGGAAAGUUAAAAUUAACCAAGUUAAGGAUUCCAGCAAUGGCAUGCAAGCAUCCAUGGGACACCCAUAUAGUAGGGGUGUUAAUAGCUUGGUUUCAAUGUCUACUGCUUACAGUACAAGUUGUAACAAUGCUAUAUCGCUGGACCUUCCUUAUGGUAGCGGAGAUGAAAAUACCAUCUCAAUGGGCCCCACAUUUACAAAGGAAGAUGGCAAUUUUAUUUCAAUGGGGCACACCUUUAACAAGAGAGCUGGUGACUUCAUAUCAAUGGGCCACAAUUACAACAAGGGAAAUGAGAGUAUCUUGUCAGUAGGUCUGCCUUUCGACAAGGAAGAUGGCAAUUUUAUUUCAAUGGGUCAGUCAUAUGACAAGGGAGAUGCCAAUUUAACUUCAUUGAGCCCUUCCUAUGGUAAGGGGCAGGGAAAUUUCAUUUCCUCUGCAUAUGGCCAACCAAAUGGGAAUCUGAUUUCAAUGGUACCCUCUUUUGAUAAGGAAGAUGAUAAUAUACCAAUGCAACGAUCCUAUCAUAAGGCAGAGUGUAGCAUCACAGCAAUUGCUCCUACACAAGAUAAAGGAGAGUCCAGUAUUCUAUCUAUGCAUCAAAACUACAACAAGGGUGAGAGCAAUACCAUAUCUUUCGGCAGCUUCAAUGAUGAACCUGAGACAAAUCCCUCUGGCAAUAUUAUUAGUGGCUAUGACUUGUUGAUGAAUAAUCAGAGUUCAGUACAAGCUUCAGAAGUGCCUAGCCAGGUAGAGUUAAUUGAAUCGAAUCCAGCAUCAAAUGUAAAUACUGCCCCUAAAAAUAUUAGUAGAACUGAUACCAACCCAAAGCAGAAAGAAACAAAGACAGCUAAAAAGGCUUCUCCCAACAAUUUCCCUUCCAAUGUCAAAAGUUUGUUGUCAACUGGUAUGCUUGAUGGGGUUGUUGUGAAGUAUGUUUCCUGGUCGCGGGAGAAAAGUCUUAAAGGUUACAUACAGGGGACUGGGUAUAUGUGUGGCUGUAAAGACUGCAACUUUAAGAAAGCUUUGAAUGCAUAUGAGUUUGAGCACCAUGCUAAUUGCAAGACCAAACAUCCCAACAAUCAUAUUUACUUUGAGAAUGGAAAGACCAUCUAUGCUGUUGUUCAAGAGCUCAAGAACACUCCACAGGAGAAGCUUUUUGAUGUAAUUCAAAAUGUGACAGGGUCUCAAAUCAAUCAGAAGAACUUUCGCAUCUGGAAAGCAUCAUAUCAAGCUGCCACCCGCGAACUUCAGCGUAUCUAUGGAAAGGACAAUGCUGUUGUGUCAUCUUGAGAUGAAGACUGCCUUUCGAAGCUUGUGAGGCAAGUCAGAUUUGGGCAGAGCAGUAUGCAUCUUAUACUAAAUUAUAGACAUGUUUUGGGAAUUUAAUUAAGCUGGGUAAAUGGAUUUGAACAGUUAUCAUGGGUUUCUGAAACUUUCUAAAUGUGACCUUUAUAUUUUGAUCAAUCAUAGAAUCUAGCUUUUCUAAA